AUGCCUGAUAUAGACACUAUUGAUAUACCACUAUUUUUACAAAUUUUACGUAACUUCAAGGAUGAUUCUGAUACUUUCUUAGACGAUGCUAUCAAGGAAUAUUAUAUGAUUGUUAAUGAUACUACUACUACUACCACUACAUCAAAUAUAUUAACAUCGCCUUCAUAUCAAACUCCAAAUUAUUCUAACCCAGAUGACAUGUCAAUAUCCAAUUCUACUAGGAACACUAUCAAUGAUAAUAAUAAUCAAAACGAUAUCAAUAGAAGCAACAGUAGCAUAUCUUUAGUAGGCUCCAUGAUGAUGGAUCCAAAUGACAGGAUUAAAUCUAUCCAAUAUUACUCUUCCCCUCCACUGUUACAAUCUAUUGGAAGAGAAAUUAAAAUUAUUUUACCACCAAAACCAGUCGCAUUAUUAUUUGUUAAAAACACUUGGGAACAUUGUUGUGUAUUGUUAAAAUUUUAUCAUAGACCAACGUUUUUAAAACAAUUAGAUGAAUUGUAUAAAACUGAUCCUAAUAAUUACAGUGUUGAACAAAUGAAAUUUUUACCUUUAUGUUAUGCCAUUAUGGCUGUAGGUGCUCUUUUUACUAAAUCAAUUGAACAAAACAACAAUAAUCAUAAUCAUAAUAAUACUAAUAGUAACAAGAGCGCUGGCAAUGAUAAAAAGAAUGACAACAAUAAGGUAAAUAAUGUAACUACUGUUAUUAACAAUAAUAAUAUUGUUUUUAUGGAUAGUAACAAUAAUAUCAUUAAAGAAUCACCUUCCGUUAACACACAGUGGAAAGAAUCAAAUACAGUGAAUAAAAAUAAUUUUAUGCAGGAUGAAGGUUACAAAUAUUUUAUUGCAGCAAGAAAAUUACUCGAUAUCACGAACACAAGAGAUCUAAAUUCAAUUCAAGCAGUACUAGCACUUUUUAUUUUUUUACAGUGUUCUGCUCGUCUUUCUACUUGUUACUCUUAUAUUGGUGUUACAAUGAGAAGUGUACUCAGGGAAGGAUUUCAUAGAAAGGUACCCGAUAAUUCACCAUUAUCUUUAAUUGAAAUUGAAUGUAGAAAAAGAUUAUUUUUCACAAUUUAUAAAUUGGAUAUUUAUGUUAAUGCAAUGUUAGGUUUACCAAGAUCCAUCUCACCUGAAGAUUGGGAUCAAACGUUACCAUUAGAUAUAUCUGAUGAUAAUAUUACAGAUGAUAAAAUAUACUUUGAAAGACAAAAUAAUGUAUUAUCGAGUGCUGGUAUAGCCAAUUAUCACACAAAGUUACUAUUUAUUUUGGAUUCAAUUAUGAGAGAAUUAUACCCGAUCAAAAAGACAAAUAAUGUCAUAUCGCAUAAGACUGUUACCCAAUUAGAGAUUAAAUUAAAAAAUUGGGUAGAUUCAUUACCAAUGGAAUUAAAGCCAAAUGCCAAAACAAUACCCCCAAAAUAUGAAAGAGCCAAUAAACUAUUACAUUUAUCUUUCUUGCAUGUUCAAAUAAUUUUAUAUAGACCAUUCAUUCAUUUCCUUUCAAGAAACUUUGUGUCUUCUAAUACUGAUAAAUUAUCAUUACAAAGAGCUAAUAAUUCAAUUGUAGUCGCUAGAACUGUAGUAAGGAUGGCACAAGAUAUGGUUAAUAAAAAUUUGAUAUCAGGCUCAUAUUGGUAUGCAUGUUAUACAAUUUUUUAUUCAGUAGCAGGUUUAUUAUUCUAUAUCCAUGAAGCUGAUUUGCCAGAUAAAGAUAGUGCAAGAAAAUAUUAUGAAAUUUUAAAAGAUGCAGAAUGCGGUAGAAACGUUUUAAUACAAUUAAAGGAUACUAGUAUGGCGGCAAAUAGAACCUACAAUAUUUUGAAUAAAUUGUUUGAAAAAUUAAAUUCCAAGACCAUUCAAUUGUCAGCAAAAUACAGCUCAUCCUUUACUCGAAAGCCUCCAUUAAAUGAGACAUUCAGUACUGCAUCGUCAGAUAUUAGUCAAACUUCUAGUUAUAACGUAGAGAAGUUUGUUAAAGAUGUUCCAACAUUUUCUGACUACUUGGACCAAAAUAUCUCCUCUGAUUUUGUUAAAAGUAUUAGGACAUCAUCCACAAAUUCAGUUAAUCAGUUUGCUAGUAGUGGGGAUCUUAUUACAGAUAAUAAUGUCAUUAAUACAAAGAAUGAUUAUAGUAAUGAUGAUAGUUCUAAAACUACAGGCAUUAAGGCUGUGGUCGAUAAUAAUGAUGAUUUCUUUGUUAAAACAGCCCCGACAAAUAGUAACAAUAUGUCAGGUCCAAGUAUAAAGAAGGAACAAAUUUUCGAUUUCUCAGAUUCCUGUAUUACAAAUCCAACAGUUAGUUGCUUAAAGAAUAAUUCUGUGACCCAAUCUGGUUUGGAUACAUCUUUGUUAAUCUCACAAAAUGUUGAUAAUAAUAAUAAUAAUAACGAGCAUACUGAUAAUAUCGGUUCGGUAAAAUCAGAACCAUUAAGUGAUGACAAUAUUGGAAUAUUUGAUGUUUUCGAUAAACUAGAUGCCCAAUUAUUUGGUAAAGAUAAUGUAGAAAGUCAAUAUCAAAACCCUGCAAAUUUUAAGUUUGAUCAAAGUUAA